AUGGAGCUUAACUCGAGAAAAGGCGAAAGUCUACAGCCGAUAAGUUCUCCUAAUUGGACAAUCGAUGUUUCAGAUGUGAGACUCGAUAAUGGACAGAUAAGGACAGUCAAAGUGAGCAAUGUGUCGUUAGCAGUUUCCGAAAGAGAUAUAUUCGAAUUCUUUACGUUUUCCGGAGAAAUUCAAUAUAUCGAGAUGCAAAGGGAGACUGAAACAACUCAGGUUUCUUAUAUCACCUUUAGUGAUUCACAGGGAGCAGACACAGCUACACUCUUGACAGGAUCGACGAUAGCCGGACUUUCCGUGUCAAUAACUCCAACCGCUAACUAUCAACUGCCUCCAAACGCGCCUUCUUUAACCUCACCAAAGGCAACUAUGACAGGGACAGCAGUGAAGAAAACCGAGGAAGUGGUGAGCACAAUGCUAGCAAAGGGGUUCGUAUUGGGAAAAGACGCUCUCAACAGGGCCAAGUCGUUCGACGACAAGCACCACCUGUCGUCGAACGCCUCCGCAACCGUGGCCUCCAUCGACCACAGGAUAGGGCUGAGCGAGAAGCUGAGCAUGGGGACAGCCAUGGUCAACGAGAAGGUCAAGGAGAUGGACGAGCUCCUCCAGGUGUCGGAAAUCACCAAAUCAGCGUUCGCUGCCGCCGAGCAGAAGGCCAGCAGCAUCAUGAGCAACCGUUACGUGUCGACCGGGGCCUCGUGGGUGACAAGUGCGCUGAGCGCCGUCUCGAAGGCAGCGGAGGAUGUCGGCGUUAUGACUAAGGAGAAAGUCGAAAGGGCGGAGGAGGAAAAGAAGGAGAGGGGGCCGAUCAUUGGGGGGUCAGAUUUCACGAAUACUCGUAGGGAUGAAUCUCCGGCUAUUGUGGUUUGUUCGGUUGACGAGAGUAAUAAGAUUGUCUAGAAAAUAAUGACAAAUUCUAAUUUAAACUAGAAGAGCAAUUGGGGUGAAAGAUUAUAUAUUACUGGAGAAAUAAAAAAUAUCUUCAGCAGUUUUAUCAGAGGCUGCUUACUAAGGAAUGUAAACUGUUGCUUAUGGAUUCUUCUAUUGACUAUUUUAUGACAACAAUUGUUUUAUUAUAUAGGAAAUAAUAAAACUAUAUGCUACCUGAUUGGUCUUCAAUAUUUAUCUUCAUUAAUAGUAAGGGAAACUUGAAAACUCUGGCUAUCAGAUUCAGAGAUACUUCACCAACCAUUCCAGGCUCUGUAAAACAGAAAAAAAAAUAAUGUAGAUAUUUUUUUUAGCUUUAUUUAGUUCAGGAUGAAUAACUGCAAAAAAAA